CAGCGACCACUCCACUCCUCUGUGCACCACCGGACUGGACGCCUUUGGCUCCAAACGAACGAGUUUUGAGGAUUAUUUAUUUAUUUUCUUCUUGGGGCAGAAAAAACUAAACAAAAAAAAAAGUACCCACGAAGAGCUCACAUUAAAACCACCUUGUCACUGUGAUCCAAACAUGGCUGAGGUGGCACAGGUCAAGAAGGAAGAUGUCCCACGUAAAAAGGAAUACGUGAGCAAUUCAGAUGGCCAGAAGGAUGAGAAGAAGAGGAGCGAGACGCCAGACACACAGAAGAAAAAGGCUGGCGAGGCACAUGUGAACGGCACGGAACACAAGGGAAAGGACAAGGCUAGUGGUGAUAAGAAUAGAAGAAAGAAAACCGCUAAAGUGGAGGAGGAGGAAGCGCCACCUGACACAACUGAAGAAAAUAACAUUUCUGAUGUUGUGCUUAAAAAAGAGAAACUGCUCCGAUCCAGAAAACCUGUGGCCAGAAGCUAUGUGCCCAACAUGAACAAAGACAAGGGCGAUGUGACGGGAAAGUUUGAGGCCAUGCAGAAGGCCAGGGAGGAGCGCAGCAGGCAGAGGAACAGGGACGAACAGCAAAAGAGGAAGGAGCAGUUCAUCAAGGAGAGGGAAUGGAACCGCAGGAAGCAGCAGAUAAAAGAACUUCUUGCUUCCAGCGAUGAGGAGGAAGAAGUGAAGCCGGCAAAGGUGGAGAAAUCCUACGUCCCCAAAAUCACAGGUAGUGUGAAGGGAAAGUUUGCCGAAAUGGAAAAACAAAGGCAAGAGGGGGAGAGGAAGAAGAUGGAAUGUGAAAGAAAAAGGAGGGAAACCCAAGACAACAUGGAAAAAGACAAAAUCAAAAGGGAAUUGGCGAAGAAGGCAGCUGAGGAAGGAGACGACACCAUCCUGAUACAUGUUGUCCCCACGAAGUCAUCACGAGCUCCAGGCAAAAUCAAAAUGAACUUUGAGGACAUGGAGAAAAGUCGAGAAGAGGAGCUGAAGAAGUCAGCAGAGGAAGAGAAGAAGAGACGCUACGAUGAAAACAGACGCUCUUUCCGGGAGGCCAAGCGGCGCUCGGUUGUCCCAGAGGAGGAAGAGGAUAAGCCCGUGGAGAAGGUACAGGUGUCUCCGGGAAAGUUAAAGAUGACAUUUGAAGAGCUGGAGAGGGAAAGGCAGGAACAGAGAAGAAAGCAAGCAGAGGAGGAAGCCAAACGGCGCCUCCAACAGGAAAAGAAAGCUUUUGAUGAGGCCCGCCUAGGAUUGGAGGAAGAUGAGGAAGGCACUCGGGCACCAUCUCCGGAUGACAAAGAAGAUUUCCGACCUGGAAAACUAAGAUUGAGCUUUGAAGAACUUGAGAGGCAACGGGUCGAAGAGGAGCGCAAGAAGGCCGAGGAAGAAGCCAAGAGACGGAUGGAGGAGGAGAGAAGAGCUUUUGCUGAAGCCAGAAAGAGCAUGCUUGUCGACGAGGAUGACGAAGCUCUAAUGGCCUUACUGAACCUGGAGGGGAGUGAACCCGGAAAGAUCUGUGCCAGUUUUGAGGAGCUGGAGCGCCAGAGAAGAGAGGAAGAGCAGAAGAAGGCAGAGGAGGAGGCCAAGAAGAGAUUGCAAGAGGAGAAGAGGCUCUUUGCCGAGGCACGCAAAAGCAUGAGCCCAAGCCUGGAUGAGGAGAACCCUGCAAUUGGAGAUGAAACAGUUCUAGAUGACGAGGAUGAAUUAGAGAGGACAGAAUCGCAGGAAGCGCUACACCCAGGAAAACUGGAGAUGAACUUUGAGGAGCUGCUGAAGGAGAAGGAGGAGGCUGAAAGGAGACGCAAGGCAGAGGAGCGAAAACAGAAACUGGAGAAGGAGAAGCAGGAGUUUGAACAACUCAGACAAGAGAUGGGCGAGGAAGAAGUGAAUGAAAGCGCCUAUGUUGUAAAUAGUGAGUACGAAGAGCUGACCAAGCUGAAGAGGACGGGCUCCAUCCAGGCCAAGAACCUAAAGUCCAAGUUUGAAAAGAUCAAGCAGCUGACCGAAGAGGAGAUUCAGAAAAAGAUUGACAUGGAGCGAGCUCGAAGGAAGGCUGCCGAUGAUGAAAUUAAAGAGAGGGAAGCUGAACGGUUCCUGGAGGAGGAAGACGGCAGCCAAAUGACUUCGCCGCGAGGUGAGGAGACGCCAUUCAAACAGAAGGUGGACAUGCGAGCCAGGUUUGAACAAAUGGCCAAAGCCAGAGAGGAUGAGGAGAAAAGGCGGAUAGAAGAGCAGAAGCUACAGAGAAUGCAGUUCGAACAACAGGAGAUCGAUGCUGCCCUCCAAAAGAAAAAGGAGGAUGACGUCGAGGAUGAGGCGAGCAUCGUCAAUGGCUCCUAUGAGGACGACGAAGACCACGCCAGAUCGGGCGCCCCGUGGUUCAAAAAACCGCUCAAAAACCAGUCUGUGGUGGACUCGGAGCCCGUCCGCUUCACCGUCAAGAUCACCGGAGAGCCCAAGCCGGAGGUGACCUGGUGGUUUGAGGGAGAGAUGCUCCAAGACUGUGAAGACUAUCAGUACAUUGAGAGAGGGGAGACGUAUUGCCUCUACCUGCCAGAGACCUUCCCCGAGGACGAGGGCGAGUACAUGUGCAAGGCGGUGAACAGCCGAGGCACUGCGGCGAGCACCUGUAUCCUCACGAUAGAAACUUAUGACUACUGAGGUCCUUCCACCCGCUGGAAACUUUCCUUGUUCUCUCUCUUUAAAAAAAUGAAUAAAACGGAUUUGUCCCUCAUGCCCAUACAACAGAGGGAAGCAAGUGGCUGUUUCUUGGCAUUCCUGAGGGAGGCAUACACAAAAUCACAAAAAUGCAGAGUGUUUACUUGUUAAUCGGUUGUAAAGCUGCACUCUCUAUAAAUAUAGAGUAUGACCUGUGCCAAAACACCGACGACAUUUUUGUAUAAAUCAGUAUUCUCAUAGGUUUGCCAUGUUAUUUUAAUGUUCUGUCAUAAUCCCAAAUCAUUUCAUCAAUGAUGUGGUUGUGUCUUUUUAAGCAUACCACAAAAUGUUUUGAUGCUCACAUGAAAUGACCUUGAUAUGGUAGUCAUGACACAAAUUAUAAAUCCACAGCAGUGAGUCGCUUCAUGCGGAUAUGAUGACAUCGACAAGCAUAUUGUAGAGAAAAAAAAAUUGAGCAUGACCAUUAAUUGAAACUCAUUCAGCGCCAGCUAAUUCUAGACCGCCUUUUCUUUCUUUUUUUUUACCUUAAGUCUUGGAAAAAUUGAAAAAAAAAAGUAUCUGGGGUUGAACGUGUGGAGUGUGAAAAGACAUAAAUAUGACUUUGGGAGUGAAUGAGUUAAGUAAAAUGCUUCAAUGAUAUAAUCCUCUGUGAUGCCCUUUUGUCAUUUUAAAUUAUUUUUACCUGUAAUUCUCUUGUAAAAUUUGAUAUGCAGUUGUGCUGAACGGUAGGUAACUAGUUCACGGUUUGACAAUAAAGCAAUCUUCGGCUCACAA